AUGGGACAAGCACUUCUCGGGCUCGCAGCAGGCGUGCUAUGCCUGGCACUUUACACGCUCAGGCUGAACUGGGUGCUUUCGCAUACGCCCCCGGAAGCGGCUCACCACGCAGCGGAUCCGCUGACGAAGGAACAUAUUCGCGAUGUAUUUGAGAGGGUGAAGAGGGAUGGGAUUGACUGGGUGGGAGAGUUGCCGCCGAGGAAGGAUAGGCGGUAUAUCGUGGUGGGAGGCUCUGGAUUACUUGGAGGACAAAUUGUUCUGCAUCUCUUGGCCAUGGGAACCCCGCCUGAAGCAAUCCGCAUAGUAGACGUCCGCCGCCCGUUCACCUUUGAGGAGCAAUUCUGCCAUGAACCAGCAUCCAAAGUGGCCGUUGUGCAGACUGACAUCACCGACGAAGCGGCAACUCUCAAGUCAUACGAGGUUCCCUGGCCAGAAGCUGUGGCCAACCUACCGCUGACGGUCUUUCACACGGCGGGCGUGAUCCGGCCUUUUGAGCGGUACGCAAUGUUCUACGAGCGCACAUCAAGGGUCAACGUCACCGGCGCGAUGCAUUCACUACAGGCGGCGAAGAAGGUCGGCGCGAGCAUCUUUGUGUAUACGUCGAGCUCGAACGCGGCGCUGAAGCAGGUCAAGUGGCUGUUUGCGCCGUGGGCGAGGAGACAGCAGCCUCAAGGACUCGUGCAGCUCUUGGACAACUCGGAUUUCUUUGAGCCGCUGAGGCCGCCGACUGGGUAUCCGACCAAUUAUGCGCGGAGCAAGGCCGAGGCCGAGAGGCUCGUCUGUGGUGCGGACGAGCGAGUUGCUGGCGCGGGUAGUAGUAGUAGUGCCUCGAGGAUUCGGACUGGUGUGAUUCGGCCCGGGAAUGCGGUGUACGGACAUGUGAGAGACAAUGUCGUGGGGAGGAUGCUUGGAUUGAAGCACUGUCCGACGUGGGUGGCGGGGAAUGUGCAGAGCUGGUGCCAUGUGCAGAAUGCUUCGCUGGCGCAUUUGCUGUAUGAGGAUGCGUUGUUGGGGGAUCACGUCGACAGGGUUGCCGGACGGCCGUACAUUGUGACGGAUAGGGGGAAGCCGUUGCGGUUCGACGAUGUCUACCGGCUUCUUGAUACGGCGAGCACGACGGGCCUGAAGGUGAGCUAUCCACCGCCGGUGCUGAUGCUGGUGCUCUGCUACCUGGUGGAGUGGUAUGCCUUGGUUGUGAACAUGGUGCCGAAGGUGCUGCAGAGGUGGGUGAGCGAGCCUGGGGAGCCGCUGCGAUGGGUCCAGCCGGGCGUGUUUGCGACGGGGCUGAAUCGUGUUGUGGACGAUUCGGAGGCGAGGAGGGGGGUGGAGGAGGGGGGCAUUGGGUAUAGGGCUGGUUGUUCGACGGUGGAGGGGAUGUGUGAGAUGGUUAGGGGGUGGAAUGAGUGGAUUGCUAAGGGGCGAUGA